AUGUACCGCAAACCAGUGGAAAAGCACCUCGCAUCGGUUUCUCUCCUUGCAGCAAACUUUCAAGCAAAACAAGAGAAAGCUCAAACCGUGCGAGACGAGGAACUUGCCAAGCUGAAAAAGGUCAUCAAGGAGUUCGAGAGUAAAGGGCUGUGUGCGACGUAUGAAGAGUUCAAGGAGUCCGAGAAGCAUCGUAGGUCUGAUGCCUAAUCAGGCAAGAGUAGGGGAGUGACUAUCCCCCCCUGGCAUAAAAAUGAUGAAUUCUACGAGUUUCACCAGUAACAUUAUAGGUUUUACUUACCAAAAUAUAC